AAAACCACCUCGACUCAUGAGCCUUUCGAGCACAUGACCCGCUAGGAGGCGCACGUAAAGCAAAAGACUCGAGAAAUCCACUGCCGAAGAAGACAAAGGACAAAAACAAGCCGACGACGAAGAAGAUGACGAGGAUGUGGUCUGCUCUUAUGCGCUGUAGUUUUGUUCGCUUGCGUUUCUUCGACAAUUGUGUUUUAAUUUAAUUUAAUUUUUAUAUAUAUAUACAGCAUAUAUAUAUAUAUGUAUAUUGGGGUUGAGGCCAGGGGUUAUCUUUUUUUCCCCUUCCGUCGUCAGACUGCUUGACGCGAGACGGCCAUGGCGGCGGCGGCGGUCGCGGCGCCGCCCGGAGGUGGAAGUGAGCUGCGCAUCCUGGUGGGGAGGUGGCAGGAGGCGGCCUGUCAAUGGGAGGCGCCGGCGGACGGGACCCGCGAGGUGGCCUGCCAGAGCGACCUCGCCCAGAGGCGAGACGUCGGCGUUCAGGCGGACCUGUUGACUCGCCGACUGCGCUGGAGACGUGCGGGUUUGUCCGGCGCAUCCGUUCGGCGCUUAGCGCCGCGACCCGCUCGUCAAAAUGGCGACGCCGCGGUGCCGAGCGGAAGCAAAGCGGUCGGAAACGCCGUCGAAGCCCGGGAGGAGUCGCCCGCCAACGCCGCCGCCACUGCCGCCGCCGACUCCUCCAGCGCGCGUCCGCAGAGGACGCGCCGACCUCCCAGGUGGCGCCAAGACCUGCAGCCGGCGGCGUUGACCGAAGCGUCGUCCGGAGGGGCGGAGGCCGACGGGCGACGGCGGCCGGCGACGGAGGGGGAGGAGCCUGUGCGGACUUUGCCCCAGGAAGCAGGGGCGGCGGCGGAGAACAUCGUGUGCGACGUGUGCGGUCAGGUGAUGAAGAACAAGUCCAGCCUGGCUCGCCACUCCUUCAUCCACACGGGCCAGAAACCCUUUGCGUGCCCCCUGUGCGACCUGCGCUUCAACCGGCGCGACAACCUCCGCCAUCACCUGGGCCGGCUGCACCCGGGGGGCGUGGCCCGGCGCGAGAAGCGGCGCCCCGUCCAAACGUGGCUCUGCCACGUCUGCGGCAAAACCUUCCGCUGCAGGUCGGCGCUCAAGACGCACGAGGUCAUCCACCUGGGGGUCAAACCCCACCGCUGCGACCUUUGCCCCAAGGCCUACAUGCGCACCAACGACCUGGAGCACCACAAGCAGACCGUGCACGGCGACGGCGGAGGGCCGCGGCGCCGCUCGGGCUCCUUGCUGUGUCACUUUUGCGGCAAAGAGCUCAAGUUUCGCUCUCAGCUGGCGGCUCACCUGCAGACGCACACGGAUGAGCGGCCGCACCUCUGCGACGUCUGCGGCCGCAAGUUCUGCCGCGGCUACCAGCUGGAGCGCCACAAGCUGCUGGCCCACGGCGAGGACGGCGAGCACGACGAGGAUGGCGAUGACGGCGAGGACGGCUCGCCGCCCCGCAAACGUCCGAAAACGCUCCUCGCCGCCCGCUCGCGCGCCCGCUCCGACGACAAGCCCUUCCGCUGCGCGCUGUGCCCGCGCCGCUUCGCCCGGCCGGCCUGCCUCAAGCGGCACCAGGCGCGCGCUCACCCCAAGGAGCGCUCGGCCGGCCAGCGCGCCGCCAAGGCCUUCCCGUGCGCCACCUGCGGCAAAGUCUUCAAGUUCCGCUCCCUGCUCAGCAACCACGCGGCCGUGCACAGCGACGAGCGGCCGCACGGCUGCGACUUCUGCCCGCGCCGCUUCCGCCGCCUCAGCCACCUCAAGCGCCACCGCCGCGUGGUCCACCGCGACGGGGCGCGCCCGCCGCAGAACUUUGUCUGCGGCAUCUGCGGCAAGGACAAGAAGUGCCGCUCGCAGCUGGAGCGACACGUCAUCAUCCACACGGGCGAGCGGCCCUUCGCCUGCGACCUUUGCUCCGCGCGCUUCAAUCGCCAAGGCAACCUGCAGCAGCACAGGAAGCGGGUGCACGGCGUGCGCAAGACGCCGGAAGACGCCGAGCCGCCGCUGCUCUUCCAAGACCUCGAUGGGGGGCCGGACUUCAAACGGGAAGAGGCACUGGCGGCGCCGCCCUCCCAUUGACGCUGCGUUCGCUCAUCGAUCCGAUCGCGAUCCGAUUACUUCACCUGAUGCCGUUGUGUCAUCAUGACGUAACUUGAUAUAGUAUCCGGGGGGGGGGGGGUGAAAAAUCAUGUCAAUCCUACAGAGUGUGACUUAUUUGUCUUGCCAUUUGGUGCUUGGGCAAGUUUGGUCCCAAAA